CGCUGUGUGCGUGCGUCUGUGUAUAUGGUGGUGCACGAUAAGACUUAUCAGCGACGAUUGGAACAUUUUAAAAUGUUGUCGCUCUCACUGUAUAUCAACCAGUUGGUGUUGAUCACUCGUAGAGACUUCAUCUCAAACUCCUUUCUUCGCAUGUUGUUGUUGAGAUUUUUUUUUUGUGAAUUGACUGAGAGAACGAUUGAAGAUUUGAGUGUGGUUUAGAUUAAAAAUAAAAUUGGUGAAAGUGCCCCCCCCCCCCUGUGUGCGAUGUUAACACAGAAUUUAUACAACUUCAGAAUGGGGUAUCCCCUAUUCUACCUCCCACCGCAUCCUGGGACGCAACAGCAGCAUCCUGUUGACUUCCCACUAAACUCAUCAAACUACCACCCAUUGACACCACCCUACGAAUUCCCAUCGUAUGGCUUUUCCACCACCACCGAGGACUCCAUGAGAUCCGCCGGAGAGUCAUCGUAUUACCCACAAUUCCCAACCCCACCACUAUCAGUCUCCCCACGAGCAUCGGGGCCAAAUAUUCGCACCACUUCUGUGAUUGUUCGCGUUGAGGAUCACCGAAGUACAGAGACAAAGUCCUCAGACAGUGAAGAUGAGACGAUAUGCAGAUGGGAACAGUGCAACAAAACCUUCCGGAAUUUGGAGAGCUUAGCCAACCACGUGAAUCAGAUGCACGCCCAUUCGGGACCCGGGGGGCUGUACUACUGCAAAUGGGAAGGUUGCCCCCGCUCAGAAGGUGGUCAGUGGCGCGGUUUCAAUGCCCGCUACAAAAUGCUCGUUCACGUGCGAACACACACCAAAGAGAAGCCCCACCAGUGCCCGGAAUGCGAUAAGAGCUUCUCACGGGCGGAAAACCUCAAGAUUCACACGCGCAGCCAUUCGGGUGAGAAGCCCUACGUGUGCCCCGUUGAGGGUUGCAACAAGGCCUACAGCAACUCAUCGGAUCGCUUCAAGCACACCCGUACCCAUGAGACGGAUAAGCCGUACGUGUGCAAAGUACCCGGAUGCCAGAAACGCUACACAGACCCCUCGUCGCUGCGGAAGCACGUGAAGACCUUCAAGCACGCAUCUGCCGAAACGGAAAUUAAGGUGAAUGUCAAGAUUGCCGCAUCGGAAGAUCUCCAAGAAGCUGAAACGGCGGAAAUGAUUGACGCCCAACCAUCACCACAUAUCCUCGAACACUCCACGGAGGAUUCGUCUUACCCACAGUCACAUCAUCCUGCCACCUUCCACGGGACCCUCUUCCACAAAAUUCAUCCACCCACGAGUAAGGGGUUCUGGUAUCACAGCCCCAUUGAGGGUAUAAAGCUGGAGGAUAUGGAAAUUGAUCUCCCACUGGAUCUCAGUCUCCACCGGAGCAAGUAAUCCAGGAUGCGUCCCUAAAUCAAUGUCCUCCUGCGGAACUGGCUUAAAUAACUUAAGAUGUCUAUUUAAUUUUAUUUUUUCGUGUGAUUUUCUACAUGUGUUCUGUAUUUUUACAUUAUAAAAUUAAAUGUGUGAUGCUCAAAUUUUAA